GAACUUCUCGCGCAUGCGCAGUCCCCAGCGGAGUGGCAGAGGCACGAUGGCUGCAGAAAGUCCAUUGCUGCUCUCUCUGGUGGAGGAAUUUGUCUCCGGACUACAGGACAGCAAGGCAAAGGAUGCUGCGACAGGUGUCAAAGAUGGACAGUUUACAGUCCUGCAGCUGGUGGAGGCACUCGGGCAGAGCCUGACUAGUUCCCAGCCUCUCACUCGAGCUCGAGGGGUGGAGCUGCUCUCUGAAGUUUUACAGGAGAAUUAUGCAGAGCUAGCAGAGAGAGAAGUUGAACUGCUCCUCGCCUUCUACGAAAACCGCCUGAAGGAUCAUUACGUCAUCACACCGCCUGUUUUACGAGGGCUUCAAGUGCUUACAAAAUCUAGAAAGUUGCCUCCAGGUUCAGCUGUGUCGAUGCUGAGGUCUUUGUUUCAGGAUGUUCAUGUACAGUCACUGAUGCUUGCAGAGAGAGCGUGCGUAUACAACAUGCUCAUCAACCUCAUGGAAAGCAGGGAAGAUGAACUACAGGGUUUGGGUGCUGAUUUCGUAUUUGGUUUCGUCCAAUCAAUGGAUGGAGAGAGGGAUCCCCGCAACCUCCUGUUAGCCUUCCAGAUUGCCAAAAACAUUGUUCUCCGGAGAUACAAUAUGGGCAAAUUCACAGAGGAGCUGUUCGAAGUGACGUCCUGCUACUUCCCCAUAGAUUUCUCCCCCCCACCCAAUGACCCCCAUGGCAUCACCAAAGAGGAACUUGUUCAAGCUCUGAGGGCCGUCCUCACUGGAACACCCAAAUUCGCAGAGUUUCUGUUACCCCUCAUCAUCGAGAAGCUGGACUCGGAGGUUCAGAGCGCCAAGCUGGACUCGCUGCAGACUUUGGCUGCUUGUGUGGGACAAUAUGAACACAAGGACUUAGCUGAAUUCCUGGAAGGACUGUGGUCCUCACUGCGCAGAGAGGUGUUUCAGACAUCCAGCGAGAAGAUUGAGGCGGCAGCCCUCACUGCGCUCACCGCGCUCACUUCCUGUCUGUCUCGCUCUGUGCUCAACUCAGAUUCUGAAGACUCCCUCAGCACCUUCCUGGAUCUUGUGCUCAGAGACUGUAAGCACCACCUGUUUGAGCCUGACUUGAAGCUGGUGUGGCCCAGUGCGAAGCUACUUCAGGCCGCCUGUAGCGCCUCCUACAGGGCGGGCCACAUUUUAACAACCACCGUCAUGCCCCCUCUGGUUGAGCAGUAUAGCAGCAGAACAGAGUGUUCCCACAGACGGACCUUGUUGGAAGUUGUGCAGCGAUUCAUCCAAUCAACAGCUUCAUGUCAGUCUGUAGAUCACGAUGAGAGUUUGUUUUCAGCGUACAAACAAUCUCUGUGCAGCAUGGUGUUUUCAGGUCUAUCUGAAAGCAAUUCUAGUCUGCAGAUCACAGCUACCUCUGUGCUCACCUCACUGGCCCAACAAACGGGUCUGCUAUUAGACUCUGACGUCGAACUUGCUGUGGAUCACCUGACCAGUCUGCUGCUGACAGAUGAGGAUGAAAGAGUCAGUCUUGCUGUGGUGGAAUGCGCUGGAGCCUUAGCAGAGCAGUACCCUUCUGCCUUCAUCACUAAACUUAUCCCAACAUUAAAGAAGGAGAUGUUUUCUGACCAAAGAGGGGUAUCUGAACUACAUUCCCAUCAUCCAGUGCGUCAGCGCUGUCUGUCUGCUCUGGCUGCAGUGUCUAUCCGAGCCAGUGUGGUCCAGGAAAGCACACCCGUCCUCCUGGACCUGCUCAGCUCAGCACACAUGGAUCACACUCGUUUCUCUGUGGACGAGGUGGUGCAUGCCUGCCGGAGCCUUCAGAAGAUAGCAGAGCAGGUUCAGGAUGACGAGGGGACGAGCCUUUGCUUUCAUGACAUCAUCAUCCCACGCCUGCUGUCUCUGGCACUCCAAGCAGCACUGCAGAGCGAGGGGUCCUCUGGUCGUAGUAGUCCGCUACUAGAGGAGGUGGUCCUGUCUGCUGUGGUGUCUGUUAUCAGUACUGCCUGCUCCCGGCUGCAGACCACGUUUGCAGAACAGAUGGCUUCGAGGGCCGUGUCUCUCUUCCUGGAUGGGGACGUCUCGUUUUUACCCGACAACUCCUUCCCCUCACACAUUCAGCUCCUACAGCAGCAGGAGGAAUCAUGGCGUCAGUCCCAGUUGGUGUGUCUGCUCAUGGCCUGUGUGUGUUCUUUACCUCGCAGUGUGGAGAUUCCCCAGGUGGAGCGGUUGCUGUCCCAGCUGGAGGAGCUGAGCUGCAGAUGCAGCCACCCACUCUCGUACACGUCUGCUGCCAAGUGCUUCGCUGGCCUGAUUAACAAGAAGCCUCAGGGUGGUUCUCUUGACAGCUUAAUUCAGAGAACAAUAAAAAGAGUGAGCAGUGAGUUGGACUGUCCCUCCUCCCCUUUGCGCACUCAGGCCUUCACACUUCUGAUCUGGGUUGCCAAGGCUCUGCUGCUGCGAUACCACCCUUUGUUUUCAGUGCUGACCGACAAGCUCUUCUCUCUGCUUGACGACGCCGACCUCGGCCUGAUGGCUGCAGACAGUUUCUUGCUGCUGAUGAGCGAUUCAGCCAACGUCCUGAACCGCGAUUGCCACGCCGACGUCCGCAUCAUGUACAGACAGCGCUUCUUCAGCGAGAAUUCAGCCAGGCUGGUGCAGGGCUUCAACGCUGCGCCACAAGAGAAGAAACCCAACUACUUGAAGGCUCUGUCUAACAUAGUCAAUAAGCUACCAAAGCAGGUCCAAGUCGCUGAGCUGCCAGCACUCCUGUCUCUGCUGCUGGAGGCCUUGACGUGUCCUGAUGAGGGCGUCCAGCUGUCCACUCUGUCCUGCCUGGAUCCUGUUCUCAUAAACCCCCCGCAGGUCCUUAUACAGCAGCUGGAGGCGUUGGUCAACAGGCUGCUGGCGCUCGUCUGUAGUCCAAACAUGGAAAUACGCAUUGCUUCAAUUCGAUGUAUUCUUGCUGUCUCCCAUUUCCCUGCACACGAGGUGUUGCCGUUUCGAGCACGCGUGCUGCGAGCGUUGGCUCCGCCCCUGGAUGACAAGAAGAGGCUGGUGAGGAGAGAGGCGGUCCAGGCCAGAGGAGAGUGGUUCCUCUUAGGAAGCCCUGGUGGAAGGUGAUCUUGCACCUGAUCUCUAGUCAUAUUCACAGGAAAUAAGAAACUCCAGAACUAUCUCAUUUAUUCAGAAAGAUGCUUGUUGCAGCUGCCUGACUGAACAAAGAGAGCUUAAUAGACUGUUUUGUAGAUCCAUGAGUGUGGCUGAGGGGAGUUCAGUCCAAAUAAGAAUUAUGAAAUGUCUGUUUGUUGGUUAUUAUACCUGAGCUCUCACAGGACACCUCAGAAACCAUUCAAUCAAUCAAAAUGCUCCAGACUGAAUAAUAAAUAAUUCAUUAUGCAUAGAACCAGGUCACACAGCAUCAGCAAGUGUUUUCUGCUCCAAACUGUAUCUGUCAGUACUCUAACUUGAUCGCCAUGGUAACCUUUAUUUAAACGGUCAACAUUGUGCAUUGUUUUUGUUUGUUUUAUAAAUUAGAACUUAUUAAACUGAAUACAUUUUUAGUGCUGCACUGUGGAACAUGGCCAAAGACUUUUUUUAAUGAACUAAAAAGCAAUAAAAAUAAUAAAAAUGUCAAUAUGUAGAUCCGUUUUGACCUCAAAGACUUUGGCUCCUUUGAUGUCCUGAUCUGUCAGUAAAUAGUAUUUUUAGCCACUAAUCAGGAAUCAGACAUUCUGUUUUAGCUCUGUGUGCAGAUGAAGGUGAAGAUAUCACUGGACCUCUAGCACACUGAAAGCCUUCAACGUUCGGGUCUACAGAAUGUUUAGAUGUGCGGUAAACUCCCAGCAGCAGCUUGAAAUGACCUGCACACUGCUGCUGUAUGCAUCCUCUGACACAUCGUUUUGACUUGAGUAUUCACACCCCACUUUAUCACAUCUUUAUUGUUGCCUACAGACUAAUGUGUUUGUGUCUUAGACCACCAUAAAGCAGUACAUCUCUCUAUCUACCAACUUUUAACAUCCAAAUAGAUAUUUUUCCGUGUUUCUUCUUUGCAAAUUAGCUCAAACUCAAGUCAGACUGGAUGGAGAGAAUCUAUAGGCAGGAACAUUUAACUCUUACCACAGAUUGUCAUUUGGACUUAAGUCUGGACUUUGACUGGGCCAUUUUUGGAAUAUUGUUGGAUAUAAAAAUUGACUGUGGACUACGAAUUGAACUAUUGAGUAGUCUUUUGGAGCCUCUAACAGGUCAUCUUCCAAUCAACUCUGACCAGCUUCCUCAUCCCUGAAGAAAUAUGCUCUACUUUGUGUUGGUCUAUCACAUAAAAUACAUUAUUUUGUUGUGAUUAGAAAUUCAGGUACUGUAGGCAAGGUUUAAUCUGUCUAAUUUAAGAUUUUAUUAAAAGUGUUCUUUGUAGUUUA